UUACAUAAACAUACAACUAUUCCUCGGUCAUUACCCUUGUUUACAUUAUCGGAGCCGGAGGGCGAAUUUGCGCAUGCGCGUUGUAUGAUGACAGUUCCAUAGCAACCGCUGUGGAUAACAUGGCAAAAUCAACUACUAUUAAAGAGGCUUUGGCGAAGUGGGAGGAGAAGUCAGGAGAAAAAGCAGGUGAUGCAAAAGAAGUGAAGCUCUAUGGCCAAAUCCCUCCAAUUGAAAAAAUGGAUGCAUCUCUCUCCACCCUUACUAACUGCGAGAAACUGUCAUUGUCAACCAACUGUAUUGAAAAAAUUGCCAACCUAAAUGGAUUAAAGAACCUAAAGAUAUUAUCCUUGGGUCGUAACAACAUCAAGAACCUUAAUGGACUAGAGGCCAUAGCAGACACUUUAGAGGAACUAUGGAUCUCCUUCAAUCUCAUAGACAAGCUUAAGGGAAUCCAUGUGAUGAAGAAGCUCCGUGUCUUGUACAUGUCCAACAACUUGGUCAAAGAGUGGGGGGAGUUUGUGAAACUGGCAGAUAUUUCAUCACUGGUAGACCUGGUCUUUGUGGGGAAUCCAUUAGAAGAGAAAUACUCUGCUGAGGGAACCUGGAUAGAUGAGGCCACGAAGAGGGUCCCUAAUCUGAAGAAGCUUGAUGGGAUUCCUGUGAUUAAGCAAGAAGAAGAGGAAAAAGAGGCAGAAACUUAAUAUUCUUUCUCUGUGGUACAGUUUUGAUGUCUUCACUACAACAUGUUAGAAAUUAAGUGAUUUUGUAGUAUUUGCAGAUUUUAUAUUUUGACUUUGUUAAUUUAUACAGUUCUAACAGCUAAUAAAAGUAACCUCCACAAAACCCCAGAAAUCAACCCCACAACUUUGUGGCAUUAUGUAGCUAUCUCUUGUUGUUAAUGUGACUGUAACAUAAACAUAUCAUAUUUAUGUUGUAUUGUAAAUUAUAGGGUGCAAAGAGUCACACUAGAGGCACAAAUGAAAAUGUUAAUGUUUUAUAACAAUGAAGAAGAAAUCUAACAGACAAAUAUACUAGAUGCAUUUUAAAAUAAUGUAAAAUUCGUCUAAUCUGUUUUUGUUUACAGUAAUUCUGAAGGAUUUUGUAAUGUGAUUUUUACUUGCUUUUAUGACUUUUUAGACAGGUUUCUAUGAUAUACAUUUAUGUGGGAUUUAUCAGUAUAUUUAAAACAUCUGUUGCAAUAAAAGAACAUAAGUUCCUUUUUGUCACCAAUAUUGUGUUUACAGAUGAUAUACAGGGAGUUGAGUUCAGUUAUUUUUAUAUGGCCAAGAGAGUUAAAGCUUAAAUAGUGAAAAAAUAGCAAUAACAUACAAACAUACAUAUGAAAAGAGUCAUAUAAAGUUAUUUAAUUAUUUACUUCAGGGAAUUUGAGUUUUGUCAGACCUUGUCUCAUUUCAUUUGGAGAAACAAAAUAUGACAUACACUUAAGUUUAUGUAAAUCUAUUAUAACACAUUAUAAUUAGGAGUUACAAACUAAACAACUAUUUUUGGGGUUCUCCAACUUUUUGCAGCAAGGGACAUCUGUUAACUGUAAAAUUUCCAGGACCCCUUCAAUUUAAAUACAGAAUACUUAAUUGGUCAUUUCAUGUUAAUGGUUCUAUGUAUGUAAUCAUCUUUAUUUGCCUUUGCUGUUGAUGCCUUCUUUCUAUAUGCAUUGUAAUACCUAUAAUGCCCGCUAGGUGACAUUAACACUUCAGAAAACAAAGGUGUACUUUUCUUUUAUCUUUAAAACAAAUGUCCAAUCUUUCUUCUGCAACAGGUAAAUAUGUUUUUGUAUGUUUUGAAUGUAAUUCACACAUUAAAACAUUUUUUUAUUUUG